AUGUACCACCGUAGCCGGGUCCACCGGACAGCAUCACGUUCUCAGCGAGUCCGCUUCGUGGGAUCGGAGCUCGCGCUCGGCGAACGGGUCAGCGACUUGAGGGCGGAUAUGGAAGAGCAGGAACUUGUACGUGGUGCAGGCCGGUCGUUCUGA